AUGGCCGACCUUAUUGCCUUUCAGACAUACCACCAUAGCAAUCUACUGCCACCCUCGAGCUCGACCAUGAUUCCUCGUCACGCCCAUAAGCGGUCAUUAUCCUCGGAGUAUCGAGGCCUUACCCCCGAGAAGACUGUCACCAAGGCCAAAUCUACCACCGAUCUCUCCGAAACAAUCUCCAAAAAUGGCUCCAACUCCCAAUUGGCCAGAUAUGAGGAGGACAGUUUCAACACCUUGCAGGAUCCUCGACUGGCUAUCAAAGCGGAGGUUUCACCGUCGACGUCAUCAACCCAUCACCCCGACCUGAGCAACGAAGUUGCAGCACUAAGUGUGAAACUGAUUCAGGCGAUCAAUAACCAAACACAGUUGGACGAUAGUCUGGGUGCUACGCGCCAGGAGCUAGAAUUGGCCCACGGCAAGAUACAGGCGUUGGAGUUCCAGAAUGAAAAAUACCGACGCGACAUCGACGAAAAAGUCUACAUCAGAAAAAGCGAUUCGGACCGUGAGAUCAUGCAGUUGGGGGCUGCGCUUGCGGAGGAGAGAACGCAGCGCGAAAUCGUCGAGAAAGGGAAGAAGACGAUUGAGCAAGAACUCGAGGCCCUCACUGCAGAUCUCUUCCAGGAGGCCAACAAGAUGGUUGCUGCGGCUAAGAUUGAACGAGAAGCGGUUGAGAAAAAGAAUGAGCAAUUGCGAUCUCAGAUCAAAGACACCGAGCUGCUCCUCGCAUCGCAUCAGGAUCAGCUGGCAGAACUCAAAUCGGUAAUGCAAGGGAUGCAUCUUUCUAAGGAUGACGUUGAUUCCCGCACCGCGUCCACCGCACCUUCAUCUCCGGCGGGGCCAUUUCAAACGCAAGGAGCCACGCAGGAACACGAGCCGAACCAUGCUGUUGCAGCCCCGUGUAACCCAGAAGAACUCAUUCCUGGCCCCUCGUGUAAUUUCCCCGAGAUUCUUCGGAUGGUGUGCCGGACUGAUCUGCAAGCCUAUGAUGACUUCCGAGAGCUACUUACGCUUUCCCGGAGCUCUAAGCCCCCUAGUCGCGCUGGCAGUGGCUCAUAUGCAGGCUUGAAUGUUAUGAGCUUAGCUGGCUUCGGCUCGGGUUCAGCCUCUGCGAACAACUCUCCUACCAAGGGAGUUACUAGCUCUCCAAGUAGCUUGGCGUCUCAACUGGGCUCGCAUAUCCCUUUGAAGGACACUCGGUUCUAUAAGCGGGUGCUUAUGGAAGAUAUUGAGCCUACAUUGCGGCUUGACUUGGCUCCAGGGAUUUCAUGGCUUACACGACGUACGGUGAUAAGCGGCAUUUGUGAGGGAACUUUGGUGGUAGAGCCAAUGCCAACGACGACAAAGAAAUACGAGUUCCCCUGCACCGUCUGUGGCGAGCGCAGACCGGGCCCGCAAAAUGAAAGAACUCACCGGUUUCGAACUUCGGAGAGUGAGACAGCCCAACGGUACUCAUUAUGUAUUCAGUGUUUGGAGCGGAUUCGUUCGUGCUGUGAGUUCACUGGGUAUUUGCGGCUGAUCCUUGAUGGGCACCUCAAAGCUGGUGACAACGACGAGGAGAAGGAAAUCUGGGAAGAAACGAUUCGACUCAGAGAGCGAAUGUUCUGGUCCCGUAUUGCGGCUGGCGUUGUUCCACUAGUCCGCCGGGCCGCCGAGUCUGAAGCUGAAGUGGAAACCAAAGAAUUGAACGUGAAUGUCUCGGAAGAGACUCGCGAGAGUGGGCUUCUCCACCCUACAGACAAUGCCAUUGUUGAGUCUAAACCAUAUGAUAUGUCUGGAUCGUUUGAGUCUACCCAGAGCCAGAGAAACUCAAGCAUUUUCGCUCCUUCUCUUCCUGACUUUGAUAUGGCCAAGCCCGGGACACCUGAUCCUCACAGCUACCAAAACGCGGAGAUCGAUGAUUCCACUUCUGAUGUGCCUCAAAGACGAGGCUCUGUUGAUUCCGACGUCAGUGUUUACGAAGAAGCCAAUACUCAGACUGAAUAUACGGAGUCCGAAGAAGCCCAGACCCCCACCGUUCAUGAAAAAGAAAGCGCCGAAGUUACUGGCCAAAGCAGUCAAUGA